AAACAGCGCUCGCAGUAGGCUUCGACCGAUGGGAUUUGUGGUGUUUGUUAUGACAACGUUUUAAUUUGUGAAACAGGUUUCAAAGCAACAGACUGAAACGCUGCUUUGACUUAAUUUAUCCACGGAUAUUGCUAACAGUGCCUGGGAAACUACACUCAAGGCGCCUCUGCAGCCUAGGUCGAAUCCACAGAAAUCGUUUCCUAUUGUUUUGAAGAAGAGUAUGGACAUUCCCCCACCUAAUAUUCUCGAAGGCGACGAUGAAAUAGAGAAGAAGAAGUUGUGCUCUGCCGAUAAUGGCGAGGCCGGUGUUGGAGGGGCCAGUGGUGGGACUGGAGGUACCGGCAUUGGAGGGGUGUCCGCCUCCCUUACCCCUGCCAUCUGGGAGAAGACCAUCCCCUAUGAUGGGGAGACCUUCCACUUGGAGUACAUGGACCUGGAUGAGUUCCUGCAGGAGAAUGGCAUCCCAGUCACCCUAGAGGAGGAGCUGCAGAAGAGCCUGGCCCAGGAGGAAACCAAGGGGACAAGACCCCCUUUCACCACCUCUGACACAGAGACCGUCACACUCACCUUAGAGCCAGCUGAACAAGAGAAGGAAGAAGAAGAUGGGGACGAUGAAGAUGCUGUGUCUGGGUUUGAAGCAGCGGAGGUUGAAGUGUCUAAAAAUAAAAAAGAGGGGAAGUCUGCAGACCGACUCACACCCACUCCCAUCGACCCGGAGGACAUUGAGGUGGAUAUCAACUUCCAGCCGGACCCCACAGACCUGGUGCUGUCCAGCGUGCCUGGGGGUGAGCUGUUCAACCCACGCAAACACAAGUUCUCUGACGAGGACCUCAAACCACAGCCCAUGAUCAAGAAGGCCAAAAAGGUCUUUGUGCCCACUGAGCAGAAGGACGAUAAAUACUGGUCGAGGAGGAAGAAGAACAACGUGGCAGCCAAACGUUCACGUGACGCCCGGCGGCUGAAGGAGAACCAAAUCACAGUGCGCGCUUCGUUUCUGGAGAGGGAAAAUGCAGCGUUGCGGCUACAAGUGGCUGAGUUGCGAAAGGACUGUGGUCGCUGCAAGAACAUUAUGUCCCGAUAUGAAGCCAAAUACGGACCAUUGUAAGGGACAAACUUAUUCUUUUAAGAAAAGAAACGAAAAAUAAAAACGCCCCCCAAAAUGCAGAAACAAAGAGAAUCUGAAUUGCACCUAUUUCUUGGUGAACACCGGUCACUGCGUCAAGUUCUAGAUCCUUUCCAACACGACAGUGGAGGCAUGGAUACACACUGUCAGUGAGCCAGGCAGCAACAUGGCGAGAGGUGGACACGAAGAGUUGUGGAGAGCGACUGGCUCCUACACAUACAGGGACUCAAUUACUGCUAGUCAGGUCUUAUCACUGGCCAGACGAGUCAGAGAAAGCUGCUGAAGAAGUUACACACACAUUUAUACAGCGUAUUAAUGGGUUGUUUUGUGGACCAAAGCAUGAACAUCAUCAGUGAUCAGUAGUCAAUAAUGAAAGUUGUCCCCCUGCCCUCUUCCCACUGUUUGCAGUAACUGACUGUCUCUCUCCUCUGUUUCAAGUACUCAUGCAGAGGCUCUGAAGAAGGACAUGUGAACUCUUGAUUUAUUCAUAAUGGGGUAGGGGAGAAAAUGAUGAAUAACAGAAAGGACAGAUUGAGGGCUGCACCGCCGUGAUCGUACGCAGAGGAAAUAAUUGAUAUUGGUCAGAGAAAGGGCGAGAUAGUUGUUGUCUGGUCACAGCUCUUCCAUGUCUCUUUGCUUGUAAAACACUGAGGUGUGUGUGUGUGUGUGUGUGUGUGUGUGUGUGUGUGUGUAUGUGUGUGUGUGUGUGGAGAACUACAUAGUCUUCUCCCUGCACCACAUAGAUUGUUACCCCUGUUUUGCACUCAACCCUUCCAAAGCAACACCUUGUGGGUGAAGAUUAGAUAUAGGGGUGGGUACUUUUUUUCCUAUUAAGACAUGACCCACACACAUGCUUCUAAUAUCUUUCCCCCAAAAACAGUAGUUGGGGGGGGGGGUUUAAAAAGUAGUAUGGCAAGGACUGUCUUUUCUCAGUAUGUUUAUUGCUCAUAGGUCAGGCAUUAAUAAGGGCCCUCAAUGGUGGAGGGGUAUUUACUAUGUGUGUUGGUUUAUUUCAUUGCACAAUGCAAGUAGAGGGCACUAUCUAUUUGUGCCUCCUGUAGUUUGUCUGGGAUUGAGAGUCAGUUAUUCUGUCAGUACCUGUUUUUUUUUCAUCUUAAUUUACUGCUAUUCCUUAUGUUUGUUGAAUAGCUAUUAUGAUCAAUGCUGUAUUUUAACAAUGCAUCUAUUGAUUGAUGUGCAACAAUCUGUCAGAUUUAUAUUUCUUUAGAGGAAAGAAAACAAUGACCCAAUGACUAAGCAGGGAUCUCAAUGGACAAACUGUGGUUUUAAUUAUUUAUUUUUUAAACAGCUUUUCAACCAGAAUUUUACAGAAAUAUAUUUAUUUUCUAAAGACAAUUUCCUAUUUACCUCAUCCAACACUUCCAUUGUUUAAUACUCCUAUCUUAUUGGAUUCCAAUAAUUUUGAAGGGUUGGGGUGCCUAUGACAAUGUUGACAGGAGUUGUGAGCACAAGAAAGGUGGUUUUGGUUAAGUUUGAUAAAAAAUUAUAGGUCAAGGUACAGAGUCGAUGCAGAGUUCUGUUUGUUAAAGUGGCUGUGCCUCAAUUGUUGCAAAUACUACAUAGCAGACUGUUAAGUAAAGGGACUCAAUCUCUUGUGUGAAUUUGUGUUCCUGUGCCGAUCUUCAUUAUUAUGCAUAUUAGAAUCAUACAUGUGGCAAUAAUAUUAAUUUGACUCUGCUUUGUUUCUGGUGUGUUUCUGUAAAAUAACUAUGAUAGACAAAAUGUUGAAAUGGCGCAAAGUCAUGUGUGCUUCCAAUUAAGUUUCCCAGUAAUCCUGCUGCAUGAAAAUGUGUUAAUGGUGUAAUGUUUGCAUAUGUUUUACACUAAGUGUAUGUACUUAUGUCUGUAAAUUAAAGGAUCAAAACAAAUAUUUACUGAAUUUGCUUCAAUGGAAGGCAUUGCAUUGCACUGACAUUCGUGGCUUGUCUGCUUCUAGUUGUUUUAACAGUGAUUUUAAGCUUGGUGCAGAAUCUUGUCAGAUCGAUAGACCAACAUUUAGGUAUGAUAUGAAGUUAAAGCUGGAUCAAAGCCAGUUUGUAUGUAGAAAUUAAACUCCUCAAGUUGUCCCAAA